CCUUCUCUACACAAGAUUGCCUGACUUUUUGGUACGUGCACGCAUUUACUCCUAUAAAUGAGCACCUUUGCUUACACAGAGGAUGAGGCCCGCGACAUUGUAUCGCAAGUUACAGCUUCAACUGAUUUUCUCCAGAUUCCCAGCAGUGAGCUGAAGAGCAGGAAUCUAAUGAAAGAAAGCAAACACCUGAUUGCGCUUGAACUACAUGCUGCUACUUUAGCAGAAUAUCACCGCACACAGAGAAUUCCGCGAGGACUAAGGGUGAAAUUGAGACCAACAUUUUUUGGUAAUAACCUUGAAUACUGCACUCGCUUCUCUAACAUUCUGAAUAAAUGUUCAUUGGACUUGAUUGUUCUAACAGUGGAAUAUCUUAACACUGCCAUUGAAGAGUGUAAAGCCCACAUUACCACUGCUAAAGAACAGCUGAGGGAUUGCCUCAAAUCAGAGGAUCUCGCGACAUUGUAUGAGAAAACCGACAAACAAUGCAGAGAACUACAGGCGAAAAUAGAGGCUACCAAACGCUCCAAGUUCCUCCGAGAUGUGGAGGAUUAUUCAUCACAGCGAGUGUACAGGUGGCAAGACAAGUCCGGGACAGCUAUCCCUUUCUUCACAAGAGAUCGCAGAACGGGAUCUGCAACCUCCAGCACAGGCAGCGACACCUCGGGAGCAACGUCAAUUCAUUUUUUAGGCAAACGCCGCGGCAAAAGAAGAGCAAUACCAGGAGAGCCGGCCGCCAUCAUAGGAGAAGCAGACGCACCGAGACUGACGAGAUCGCAGCGGACUUGAUUCCUGAAUGUUUCAUUGUUUCAUCAAUGUAUUUACACUGAUCUGUUUGGUUUAUUGCACCUUUCAUUAUUAUACCUGUGUCAGCCCUGAAGUGGGCGGAGCUAUAUAUCAUGAUGUCAUUUCCUUCUUUUUUUCUUUUUUUCUUUUUUUCUGUUACUCCUCCUUUCCUCUGUGUAUAAAAGGGAUGUGAUAGGGGUGCAUUGUAUAGUCUGAUGAAAGCACGUGUUGUGCUGAAACGCGUCACUAUAUGCUUAUAAUAUGUGACUGAAUAAACGCAACAUUCAUCAUCA